AUGAUUAAAUUGGGGCACAUGCUUGCAUAAGAGUAAGCUAAACUAAAAUCAGAACUUAAGGCUGCCUAGAAGUAAAGAACAACUAGAAAUACAACAUCAUCCACAUUGUAAUAAGCACACUAACAAUAAGUUAUCCCAACAUAUCCAAAACGUCCACUUUAUUAUACAAGUCUUAAGUGAAUCCCUUUAAUAACACAGAUUUCAUUAGUUAGAAUUGUUCUCCUAUUAAUUCACCAAAAUUACUUACUUAUCCUUCUGAUCCAGAUCCUUCAUUUAGUUUUAACAAAAAUAUUCAUUCAUCAUAUAGAAAUAAACUUGAAACUGUUUAAUUGCCACUCAACAAACCUCCUUUAAGAAGGGGCAAUAAAAUAACCAAUUUAAGAAAUUUAAACAAUAAUAGUAUUGCCUAAUUAAAUCCACUUAAGGGUGAUGAAUCAAAAGAAAAAUUAUUAUAGUAGACUCACUUUUUAUGUGCUAUUAUGUAAUAAUCUCAUAGUGCAACUGGGAAAAUAGUAGCUAACUUUUUGAAUGGAUAAUUAGAAAAAAAUAGUUAUGAAUCAAUUAUAUAAAUGGAAAAGUCUGCAUAAGCACUAUAAUAAUCUGCCAAAGAAAUGUCUAAGGCAUUAUUUAUUUCUGAUGAUGAAGGGGAAUUUUAAAAUCUUUAAAAUAAAUUCAUCGAUUAGAUUAGGUUUUCUAAAUAUAGGAAACCAAAUUAAGAAAAUAAUAUUGUUUUUAAAAGAAAUUAUGGUUAAAAACAUGAGAUGAUGAUAGAUUAAGUAGCUUCUUAAAGAUAAAAGACAGAUGAAAAUUAAGAUUUUGAUGUUUUUAUUCCUAAAUCAUAAAUGGACUAAUUUUUUUAGUAAUAAUUCAUAAAUAAUUUAGAAUAAUUCAAGAUAAAAUUGAUGGAAGGAUGAAGGAAUAGACUGAAUAAUUAAUAAAAGAUGAAUAAAAAUUAAUUAAUGGAAUGAUUACAAAUGUUAAAAAGUUUAGAGAAGACAUUAGAGAAGUUAAAUACACAAUGAAUCAUGUUAGAAAAAAUAAAAAGGCUUUGUAACCAUCAUAAUAAUAAGUAUCUGCAUAUCGAACAUUAAAAACUUUAAGAACACUAAAAUCUUAAUCAUCAACAAGAUUAUAGAGUCCAAAAACUUAAAGAUUAGAUGAAGAAGCAAAGGCAGAUCUAAGAUUAAGAGUAAUGAAAGCACUUAGAAAUUUUAUGGAUAAAUUAAAGAGAUUUAAUAUAACUCUAAAUGAUGUUGUUAAUAAUUAAGUAUUCCCAUCUUAAGCAUAUGAAAGACCUAAUAGUGUUGAAUUUUUUAGGUAAGUAAAAGCAGAUAAUAUAAGAGAAAUUGAAAGUAUGUUAAGAGAUUGUCGUUAUCAUGUUUAUGAUCGUGAUAACUAAUAGAAAACACCUUUACAUCAUGCUGUUAGUAAUAAUUCAAUAGAAGUUAUAAAGUUAUUAGUUGAAAAUGGUGCUGAUUUAGAUGCUAGAGAUAUGAGUAUAAAUUAUAAUAAUAUUAUUAGUGGGUAGAACUCCUUUGCAUAUAGCUGCCAAAAAUAAUAAUUGUGAUACUGUUAGAGUAUUAUUAGUUUAUUAAGCAAAUCCAUCAAUUAAAACAGUUGCAGGAAAAACUGCUUAAGAUUUGACAGAAAUGCCAGUUAUUAAAGCUUUAGUGAAAAAUGCAAAAAAAGUAAUAUUUCACUUAUUUUAAGCUUCAUUUUAUGAUGAAUUUGUAACCAUCUAAAAAAAAAAAAGAUUUCUGGGUUGAAAGAGCAAUAGUGUACUUUUAAGAAGAUGACCCAGAAAAGAUACUAAAAUUACAGCUUUAUAAGAAUUAAGCAAAAUUGUUUUUAUCAUGA